AUGUCUAGUAAUAUAACAGUAGAAGAAAUAGAUAUCAAAACAGUUGAUUCUGUAAAAAGUAGAUUUAAUGAAAAAAAUAUUAAUUUAGUUGUUAUUCCUGAUAAUUUAACAAGAGACUCAAAUAGUAGUAGUAAUGGCAAAACAGGGGGCAGCUCAAAGCCUUCAGGCAAGAUCGUAAAUACAAAUGACUCAACUCCCCCAAUCGUAGUUGUUAAUUCUGGAGAACAGAAAGCUCAUGCUUCUUCUUCAGAAAAUCCUGCACCUCCUUCACCUGCAAGUAACCAUAAGCCGCCUCACUCAAAAGAGGAACCCCCCAAAAGAGACCCUUUCAAUCGUUUGAAGGGAACCCCGAAAGAUGUUAUUCCCUUAAGCAAAGUACCAAGGCGUCAAAGGUCUUCGAGGUUUCACGUUACAGAGAAAGUCCCACCUGAUAAGAGACAAGAGCUUUUUCUAAGAAAACUCAAUCAAUGUUCAGUAAUUUUCGAUUUCAAUGAUGCAAGCGCUGACCUUAAAGGAAAAGAGAUCAAAAGGUCAACACUGGCUGAACUCUUGGAAUAUAUUAACACAAAUCGUGGAGUAAUUACCGAACCAAUAUACCCAGAAGUUGUUUCAAUGUUCGCUAUCAAUCUUUUUAGAACAAUACCUCCACAAGUCAACCCUACUGGUGAUGCUUUCGAUCCUGAGGAAGAUGAACCAGUUCUCGAACUUGCAUGGCCACAUUUGCAAAUUGUUUACGAAUUUUUCCUUCGAUUCAUUGAGUCCCCUGAUUUCAAUACAAAUAUUGCAAAGAAGUACAUUGAUCCACAAUUUAUAUUGCAAUUAUUGGAAUUAUUUGAUAGUGAAGAUCCGAGGGAACGAGAUUUUUUGAAGACCACCUUACAUCGAAUUUAUGGGAAAUUCUUAAAUUUGCGCGCAUUUAUUCGAAGAUCGAUUAAUAAUGUAUUCUUUCAGUUCAUAUAUGAAACUGAACGUCAUAAUGGUAUCGCCGAAUUGUUAGAAAUUCUUGGAAGUAUCAUUAAUGGCUUUGCAUUACCAUUAAAAGAAGAACACAAAACAUUUUUAACAAAAGUAUUGAUACCCUUACAUAAAGUAAAAUCAUUAACAUUGUAUCAUCCACAACUUGCAUAUUGUGUGGUACAAUUUUUGGAAAAGGAUCCAUCACUAACAGAAGAGGUUAUUUGUGGUUUGUUACGAUAUUGGCCUAAAGUAAAUAGUCCAAAGGAAGUGAUGUUUUUGAAUGAGAUCGAAGAAAUUUUAGAUGUUAUAGAACCACAAGAAUUUGUUAAAAUUCAGGUACCUUUAUUCCAACAAAUUGCUAGAUGUGUAUCAAGUCCACACUUUCAGGUUGCAGAGAGGGCAUUGUAUUAUUGGAAUAAUGAGUACAUUGUUAAUUUGAUAGGUGACAACGUAAACGUCAUUUUGCCAGUAAUGUUUCCAACUUUAUAUCAGAAUUCCAAGGCACACUGGAAUCGAACUAUUCAUGGUUUAGUAUACAAUGCAUUAAAAUUGUUUAUGGAGAUUAAUCCUGCACUAUUUGAUGAGUGUACGGCACAAUAUAAACAAAGUCGUCAAUUAGAAAAGAAAAAAAUGAGAGAACGAGAAGAAACUUGGCAAAGAUUAGAGAGAACAGCUGCACACAAUGCUCAAGGACUUCCGCUACCUUAUGCUAUUGGGACACCUUCGACAUCUUCGAGAACCAAUGUGAAUGACACUUCAACUCACGUCACUUUUGAUUCUGAAGACUUUGUUGAGGAAAAUCGAUCAAGUGGGGAAGAUGAUUCCGGGGGAGAAACCCGUUUCAAUUUAUUCCGGCGUAAAUCUAUUAUACCAGUUGAUGAAUCUGUGUUGUCUGAAUUAUCUCGGCAUCGUAGCUUGGAAGAAGUUCUUAAUGGGCCUCCUGACGGGAAUUAUCCUUCAAGCUCUUAA